UAGUUGGGACACGCCGGCGAGUCACUUUUCCAGUUGCGGCUCCUAGGAGGAGAGGGGCGGUUGGUGUGGUCUCCAUUGUUAGGGGUUUAGGGCGCCAUGAGGGGCGACAGAGGCCGCGGUCGAGGCGGGCGCUUCGGGUCCAGGGGCGGCCCGGGAGGAGGGUUCAGGCCCUUUGUGCCGCACAUCCCGUUUGAUUUCUAUUUGUGUGAGAUGGCCUUCCCCCGGGUCAAGCCAGCACCCGAUGAAACAUCCUUCAGUGAGGCCUUGCUGAAGAGAAAUCAGGACCUGGCUCCUAAUUCUGCUGAACAGGCUUCUAUCCUCUCUCUGGUGACAAAAAUAAACAAUGUGAUUGACAAUUUGAUUGUGGCUCCAGGAUCAUUUGAAGUGCAAAUUGAAGAAGUUCGACAGGUUGGGUCAUAUAAAAAGGGAACAAUGACUACAGGACACAAUGUGGCUGACCUGGUGGUGAUCUUAAAGAUUCUGCCAACAUUGGAAGCUGUCGCUGCCUUAGGAAACAAAGUUGUGGAAAGCCUUAGAACACAGGAUCCUUCAGAAGUUUUGACCAUGUUGACCAAUGAGACCGGCUUUGAGAUUAGCUCCUCUGAUGCUACAGUGAAGAUUCUUAUCACAACAGUACCACCCAAUCUCCGAAAACUGGAUCCAGAACUCCAUUUGGAUAUCAAAGUGUUGCAGAGUGCCUUAGCAGCUAUCCGGCAUGCCCGCUGGUUUGAGGAAAAUGCUUCUCAGUCCACAGUUAAAGUUCUCAUCAGACUGUUGAAGGACCUGAGAAUUCGUUUUCCUGGUUUUGAGCCCCUCACACCCUGGAUCCUUGACCUACUUGGACAUUAUGCUGUGAUGAACAACCCCACCAGGCAGCCAUUGGCCCUAAAUGUGGCAUACAGGCGCUGCCUGCAGAUUCUGGCUGCAGGGCUGUUCCUGCCAGGGUCAGUAGGUAUCACUGACCCCUGUGAGAGUGGUAACUUCAGAGUACACACAGUGAUGACCCUAGAGCAACAGGACAUGGUCUGUUACACAGCUCAGACUCUGGUCCGGAUCCUCUCACAUGGUGGCUUUAGGAAGAUCCUUGGCCAGGAGGGUGAUGCCAGUUAUCUGGCUUCUGAAAUAUCUACCUGGGAUGGGGUGAUAGUAACUCCUUCAGAAAAGGCAUAUGAGAAGCCACCAGAGAAGAAGGAAGGAGAGGAAGAGGAGGAGAAUACAGAAGAAACACCUCAAGGAGAAGAGGAGGAGAGCAUGGAGACUCAGGAGUGACUGCCCUUCUCCUUCAACCUAUUUCGUACCCAAGAAGAUUGAAGCUUUAGCUAACCACCACCGGGCUGUUUGUGGCAUGGUGGCAUUUCUGAGGAAUUGGGGGGGGGGGGGGAAUAGUGAGGAAAGUGAAAACUGUAGACUGUCAUUGAGUUCUGAGACUUGAUGACAGCUGGCAAGAAGUUUCCCAAAUAACCUAUUUUUCAUGCCAUCUGCCUAUAUGGAAGCAGGAUACCAACUAUUGCUAGUAUUUUAGAGUCCCCUGUGCAUGGAAACUUCUCUUAACCAGUACUUUGUUGUUGGAAGUGUUGUGACUUUUAGUGUCUGGAAGUUACUUUUUCUAAGAAAAAUUAUUAAAGUACUACCUGGUAGGGCUCUUGGCCUUGUUUUUCCUUGGUAUCUGGCAACUUUUUUUUUUGUUUUGUAUUUUUCCUUUUUACAUUAUCCAUUGCAAAAGGUACUGAGUUUUCAUUGUAGACAACACAUCAGUUUGGAGCUGUUAUUUGAAUUAAAGCAUGACUUGAAACUUCCAUAUACCAAAAUAAAGUAGGAUAUGGUUUAA